AAUUUUUUUUCCGGGUUCUUUUCGGCGGCCUCAGAGGGGAUCCGGCUCCAUGACGGCGGAGGGGAUAGCGGAUGCUUUGAGAUCACCGAGCCAGUGGGUCGAGAUGCCGAUUCUGAAGCAGUCCCCCAUCUCCCAGUCGAAGAAGAGGCCCCGCAUCGGCCGGGACAUGAUCAGCGCCCCGCUGGGGGAUUUCCGGCACACCAUGCACGUCGGUCGGGGCGGGGACGCCUUCGGGGACACCUCCUUUCUCAGCAACCACGGGGGCCCCAAGGCCAACGGGCUGCCCCCCACCACCGAGGCCUUGGCACCGGCUCAGUCCCCCAGCCGUCUCUCGGGGUCCUCCGGCAGCCCGGCUGAUUUGGGGGGUGGCCCUGGUGCCCCGGAUUUGCACCCCGCUGGCUGGGAGGGGGAACUGCAACAUGCCGAGUCCCUCUUCUCCUUCGAGUUGGAUCUGGGGCCGUCCAUUCUGGACGAGGUGUUGGGGGUCAUGGACAAGUGCGGGGAGCAGCCCCGGAGCGAGGACGUAAGGGCAGAGAGGCCGGUGGGGGGACAGGGGCUGGGCCAUGGGGCGGCUCCCCAGGUAGAGGAGGAAGAGGAGGAAGAAGAAAAGGAGGAGGAGGAAGGCUCCGGGCAUGGAUACACAUUUGAUGAUGAGCUGGAUGAUGAGAUUGGGCUAUAGGAGAGGAGGCUCAGCUCCCUUCCAUUCCCCCCAUUCCCUCCACCCAUCCAUCUUUCUGGUCCCGCAUCCCUUCAUCCACGCCCCCCCCCUGCUUCAGCAAU